AUGAGUGACCAGGAACUUCUCGAAGCGUCUGAUUCUAAUGUUACAGUUAGUAAUAAAAAUGCAACCGAACUCCUAAGACCCUUAUCUGAAUACGCUUCGAGUAAAUGGUUAAAAAAUCAGGAUUUUUCCAAUGGGAUAGAGUCUAUUAUGAAUGAGGAAGUCGUGGUAAAGGGUAUCAAGGAGAUGUUAUUGUUGAUAAAGGACGCUUCUACUUCAAAGGAUAAUGAAUCUUCCACUGAGCUCCCUUCUGAAGAAAUAAUUUAUAACUUUGACUGGAACGCAAUUUAUGAAAUAUCUUCAAAAAUGAUAGAAGAAUAUUCUAAACAAAUUGAUACCAUUUUUAAAGAAUUAGAAAAUGUGAACAAGAAACUAGGUUACUGGCAAGAAGCUGGGUUCUCCUUUGAUGCACAUCGGGGUCUCAAAAUCAUUAAUAAUCACGAGGAAUGGAUGAAACAAAAGGAAAAAUACCUAUCCUAUCGCCAGCAACAACUAGAUAGCACGGUCAAGGAGAUAGCAGACUCAGUGGGUCGUUUAGAAAAGGAAUGA